ACCGUGUUCUUCGCGAAAAUUUCGCUCCCAAGCCUUCAGUUCAGACUUCAGUUGGGCGAGCUCGCUCAUUAAGAGAUACAGAAGGCGCGUUCGUCGCGGUUUUCAACGCGAGGCCAGUGACAAUCAGGCAAGUGGCCGUUGAGUGGCUGUGCACCAGCUCACUCGAUGUGAACUUGAAGGGUAAACACACAGACUCAUUGAGCAUAGAUUCUCCAAUGUAUUGUUUCUCACUAGGACCAAUUUCACUGCGACUGAGCAGUUCAUCUUUGGUUCUUGUUGGCGCGUGGUAUACAAUCUUUGCGACUUCAUCGGUCUGGAGUGGUGCUUUGAUCCGUCUUCCCAAAUGGGUUUUUAUUUUACUGCUUCUGGCUCCUUUUUUGAUGGCCGUCAUUCAUGGAAGAAUUCCCCAUCUGAGGCGAACGCCUGAAGGGGAACUGUAUGGGGGCUUUCAUCUGCCCUUGAAUAUGCUUCCUGGUCGUGAGUAUGGCCCCCCUGAGACGGAGUGGCUCAAUAUGGGUUAUUGGGAGAACACAACCAUAUUCCCUGAAGCAUGCGAAGCGCUAGCACUGCGAGUGGCGUCUAUGGCUUGUGUGCAUUCUGGUCAUGUUCUCGAGGUCGGGUUUGGAUGUGGCGAUUCUCUGUUGCUCCAAUUACGACACCCUUCAAUUCCCAGGCCAGUGACAAUCACAGGGAUCACGAGCCUCCCCAGUCACUUCCAUCGAGCCAAACAGCGGAUCGAGCAAGCUGACCUUAAAGAGAAAAUUCCCACUCGGUUGUUUCUGGGUGAUGCCGUAUUUCGCGAAGGGACGAACCCAUCAUCGCUUACAGCCGAACAAGAAGCGACCGUUUCGAUUAUGGAAAGUCAUCCCCUGAGGUAUCCAGGCAAUGAGACCCUAUACUUCGACUCUAUUCUUGGGGUAGACUGUGCAUAUCACUUCAAGACACGAAAUCUCUUCCUACGCCAAUGCUACGAUCGCUUGACGCCGGGAUCUGGUCGACUCGCCCUUGCUGACAUGUGCUUCGAGCCAACAUCCUCCACACCCUUGACAUACCUGUCGAAAAUCAUCGCCUUCAUCCUGCGCGUUCCCUCCGCCAAUCUUAUUGGAAGACGAGCUUAUCGAGAAUCAUUGGAGAAGAUUGGUUUUGAUGAGAUAGUCAUCGAGGACAUUUCGUCGAGCGUUUAUUCAGGGUUUACCGCAUUCCUUCGCACUCGCGGCAUCAUGUGGGUGCUAUUCGCGAAUAUCAUCACGAUUUGGCAUAAGGGGGGAGGAAAAUUUGUUCUCGUCAGCGCUCGUCGAAGUUAAGACUCAUCCUUCGGGCGCCUUUGUGGGUAGUGUGGACUAGGGGAGGUAGAGUUGACCUAGGUCAAUCGAACUGUCCCAUUUCUUGGUUUAUAGAAUCCUGUCGGAUGUUCGGCUUCUCCUUUGUGAUCACUGAG